AUUUCGUAGUUCAAUAUCUAAAAUGAAGCUAACGGCAAUUUGUUUGCUGGUACUUGCAACGAUUGCAAUAGCAUCGGCCAUUCGUUUUGAUGAAUCUGAACCGGAUGGCUCGGAUUAUGAUGAAUCAGUUAGCCGACCAGCAAAAUCAAAGUGGCAACCGAAAAAAGAUUUUAAAAUUCACAUAGUUAAAAAACAUGGUCGGCAUGGAAAAGUUCGACAAAUUCAUUUAUAUCCAAUGAAAUCGAAUUAUCGAGAUCGCGAACGUGAUUCACACACCGAAUCUGAAACCCAUGAACAUGUUGGAUAUACGAGCAAACAACAGGAAGCCGCAGCGGCUGAAAGUUCAAAAGUAGAAAAAAUGAUUGAUGUCGAUGGACACGACCAAGAUAAUGCCGGCUCAGACCAUCAUUAUGAACAUAAACAAAAGAUUAAAGUUAAACAUCACCAUCACCAUCAUCAUCACAAUCACAUCAAGACCAUUGUUAAGAAGGAACCAUUCCCAGUUGAAAAAAUCGUGAAGGUGCCACAACCCGUGCCAGUAGAAAAAAUUGUAAAAGUUCCAGUUGAAAAGAUUGUAAAGGUCCCCCAAAUCGUCGAGAAAUUGGUCCAUGUCCCAAAGCCGUACCCUGUUGAUAGGGUUAUAGAAAAGGUCAUUCCGAAACCAUACCCUGUGAAAGUGACCGAGGUGAAGGAAGUGAAGAUUCCCGUGCCUGUUGAAAAAAUCGUAGAGAAAAUUGUCCAUGUCCCCAAGCCCUAUCCCGUAGUAAAACAUAUCCCAGUUGAAAUCAAAGUGCCAGUUCCAAUUGAAAAACCCGUUCCUUACACAAUUGAAAAGAAGGUUCCUUAUCCCAUAAUUAUUCCAAUAAAAAAGCCUCAAUAUCACCAUUCCUAUCAUCAUGAUUUCAAUUCGCAUCACCAUGGAGGACAUGACUCCCAUCACCAUGGAGGACAUGACUCCCAUCAACAUCUCAAAACCUACGACCACCAUACAGACUUCACAAACAAUAAGUACCAACAUAUAAACGCUCAACGACCCCAUUCGUCCGAGCAAAGUGCUUCAUCUUCGUCGUCGUCGUCGCAAUCAAAUGAGUUCCAAGAAUUUGCGCCGCGACCAGAACACUUGCGUGAACAACAAGGAAAUACGCAACAACAAGAGCAUCAUACAAACCUAUUUUCGCCUUCACAACAACCAGAAACGCCGUACAAUCAACAACAUCAAUUGCACCAUCAGCAACAGUAUGCUCAAUUACGCAGAGAUUUGUUGACACGUGAAAGAAUGCGUUCAAGCAGCGAAGAAAGUGAAGAUGAUUCAACCGAAUUCCGGCCGAUGAUGUCAUCGCAAUCGGCUGAAUAUAUGUCACCGUCAAAUAAUGUCGAAACCGUUGUACCACCACCACCAAAUCAACAAACCCGAUCCACAUUCCACAUUAAUGUGCCCAAUGAAGAUAAUGAGCCCGAAAAAGAAGCCACCGCCACCAGUGCCCAAACAAAUAAUCAAUACACACAUAACAUCGAAAUUCCGGUCCAUUUUUACCGAUUACAGCCACUUGAAAAUGGAGAAGGCUUUACGAUCACAUCUUAAAAGUGAAGAAAUAUUAUAUUGGUUACAAUUCCACCGAAUUUGUUUUGAGCAUAUUGAAAUUUAAUUGUACGAACAUUUGUAGUCAUAGUGAAUAAAAAACGCGAAACGAAACGAACAAAGAAACCGAA